UCUGCCCGACCCUAAGUGGAGAGAGAAUGCGCAGGCGCGCGGCGGCCAUUUUGGACACCGGUGGGGAGAGAGAGCCUUUGCGGGCGCCUAGUACAGCCAGGAAGCACCAUGUCUCGAAGAUAUGAUUCCCGAACUACAAUCUUUUCUCCAGAAGGUCGCCUGUAUCAGGUGGAAUAUGCUAUGGAAGCCAUUGGACAUGCGGGCACGUGCCUGGGGAUUCUCGCAAAUGACGGCGUGCUCCUGGCAGCGGAAAGGCGCAACAUUCACAAGCUUCUAGAUGAAGUCUUUUUCUCAGAGAAGAUAUACAAGCUCAACGAGGACAUGGCUUGCAGUGUGGCCGGCAUCACAUCAGACGCCAACGUGCUAACAAACGAGCUGCGGCUGAUUGCACAAAGGUACCUGUUGCAGUAUCAAGAACCAAUUCCUUGUGAGCAGCUGGUAACAGCCUUGUGCGAUAUCAAGCAAGCUUACACACAAUUUGGGGGAAAGCGUCCUUUCGGUGUUUCACUGCUGUACAUUGGCUGGGAUAAACAUUAUGGAUUCCAGCUUUAUCAGAGUGAUCCCAGUGGAAACUAUGGUGGAUGGAAAGCCACUUGCAUUGGAAACAAUAGCGCUGCAGCUGUGUCGAUGUUAAAGCAAGAUUACAAAGAGGGAGAAAUGACCUUGAAAUCUGCCCUGGCUUUAGCUGUCAAAGUCCUGAACAAAACUAUGGAUGUCAGUAAACUCUCUGCAGAGAAAGUUGAAAUCGCAACCCUGACAAGAGAGAAUGGAAAGACCGUAAUAAGAGUUUUAAAGCAGAAAGAAGUGGAGGAGUUGAUAAAGAAGCAUGAAGAGGAAGAGGCCAAAGCAGAGCGAGAAAAGAAAGAAAAAGAACAGAAAGAAAAAGACAAAUAAAUCAUGCAUCUUGUAGGUGGUGAAGGGGCAGUUUCAGUAAACUCUUGGUGAGGCGAAGGAGAUGUUAACACUGUUUAUAAUGAAAUCCGUUUCUUUGUACCCCUGAAGCCCACAGACCCGUUCUGAUUUCUUGAUUCUUCUCCUUUAUUACCUAGUAAAAGUUUUAUGACUUUGUUGUCAAUUUUCAGAUUGCCUCGGGAACAUUUAAUAUACUCCUAUUGAA